UGCAUGCAGAAUUGGGCUGUGGUUCCCGAAGCUUCUGGCUGUCAAAGGCAUUUCUGAUAUUGCUGACACUGAUCACUGAAAGGGAACUCGAGAAGCGAUGCACAUCUCAAAGCUGCCAGCUGCUCUCCUCAUCUUCUCUGUGGCACUAAACCACUUGAAGGCUACACCUGUCAGAAGUGGCACCAACCAUCAGAUGGACAAACGGAAGUGCAACACGGCCACGUGUGCCACACAGCGCCUGGCCAACUUUUUGGUCCAUUCGAACAACAACCUUGGUCCCGUCCUCUCACCAACCAACGUGGGAUCGAACACGUACGGCAAGAGGAGUGCUGCGGAGAUUCCAGACGGGGAUUCUUUGGAUCUCUUCCUCCUUUAGAGUCGGCAUACUUCUUCAUCUCUUGUUAUUUUGUGUGUAAAUACUCUGGCACUUUCACGAAUUAUUUAACAGUGCCUUUUUCAUUUCUACUUGUGAGUGCACUGCAACGUGUUCCAUGCUUUCUGGCUCUGUGUGUGUAAAAUCCUCAUCCUAAGAAUGGUUUUUAAACUGAGGGCUGAUCAAGAUCAGGCUGAAGACCAUGUCUCUUGACACAACAUGUUCUUGAAAUACUGAAAAUUUUCUUUUUUUUUUUAAUCUUAUAACUUUGUGAUUCAAGUCUAACAAUAAAGGAGACUCCUGGAGCAUGAAA